AUGAAUAAUAACCUAAGAGGACAUCUAAUAAAAGGUACAAACCCUCCCUUCCUUGUUGACCUAUUCCGUAAUAUACCCAAAAGGAAAAACCUUAAAAGGGGGCCCCCAGCAACCCCUUAUCCUCUGCCUCAGGGGGCCCUCCAGGGGGGCCCUCAUAUGGGGAGCCCCCCUCCGGGGGGCCCCCCAUAUGAGGGCCCCUCUACUGGGGAAGCUCCUCCUGGGGGGCCCCCAACUGGGGGCCCCCUGCCGCUGCAACAGGGGCCCGAGCCAGAGGGGCCACAAGAUGGUGGUAUGAGUGGGGGCCCCCCUCAGCAGAAGGGUAGAAAUUUAAUAGAAAAAAUAUUAGGUGUUCCUCCUUAUUUAAUAUUUAGAUUACCUAUAGGACAACCAAUAAAUAUAAAAGGUGUUUAUGUUACUCUUAUUGAUGCUAAUCAUUGUCCAGGAGCUGUAAUGUUUCUUUUUGAGGGUCCUGGUGUUGGUCGUUCUUUGCACUGCGGGGAUUUUCGUUAUUGCCCUACAAUGCUGCAAACACUAAACCCUAAACCCUCGCCGAGUUCUGACCCCCAAACCCUAAACCCUAAUUCUCCUCCUCAACAACAGCAACAAAUAGAUAAAAUAUAUUUAGAUACAACUUAUGCAGAGGUUAAGACCUCCUUUCCCCCUCAGCAAGAUGUUCUUUCUGCUGCUCUACAAAUAGCCACACAGGAGGCUGGGGGUUCAACAAAUGUCCGCUUCCUUGUUGGCACAUACACUAUUGGUAAGGAACGAAUUGCUCUUCAUGUUGCUCGCGGCUGCCAAUUAAAAAUAUUCGUCGCACCAGAGAGGCGAAGGGCUUUUAGGUGUUUAGAGUUCUCUCCUGAGGACGCCGCAUUGUUUACAGAAAACCCUCAAGAUGCGCAGGUUGAUUUGGUGCCAAUGAAUGUUUGUGGCUCUACGUUCCCCCCUCGAGGCAACUUUAGAGGUAUUCGUCAAUACUUGCAUACUAUUGGGGUUUCUGCUGCAACACGAGUAGUUGCAUUCGUGGGUACUGGAUGGGCAGCAGGAGCAAAGAAACCGUUUCUGAAAGAAGAAAAAAUAAGUAUUUAUUUUUUGCCUUAUAGUGAGCAUUCAAGUUGUGCUGAACUUGAGGAAUUUGUUAAGGCAUUAAACCCUAAAGAAGUGAUACCUACAGUAACAGGUAAUGAGGAAGAAGAUUAUAAUCGUCUUUAUUAUUAUUUUAAUAAUUUAGAGUGUUUAAGGGGAUUAAAUAUGACGAAAGAAAAGAAAGAAAAAUUCAACUUUACAGCAGCAGCAGCAGCAGCAGCAGCAGGAGCAGCAGGAGCAGGAGCAGCAGGAGCAGCAGCAGCAACAGCAGCAGCAGGAGGAGGAGGAGGAGCAGCAGCAGCAACAGCCAGCAGCAGCUUCUAUCACAGCAAACAAAAGAGAGAAGGACACAAUAACAGCAUCAAUCAGCACCAACAGCAGCAGCAGCAGCAGCAGCAGCAGCAAACAGCAGCAGCAGCAGCAAAAAAAAGACCAUCAUUAACACAAACAACAUUAACUAAUUUCUUCUCUCUUUCCUCUAAAAUACAAAAAAAAGAAGAAGAACUUAUACUACUUAGUGAUUAA